UUUCCCGUUCAUUAGCCAUUUCUUGGGGUGCCUUUCUUUCCAGUUUCACAUCCGAAAGAACACCAAAAGCAGCAAUCUUUUCCCGACGGAAACGAAAAAGGUUGGGUUUUUUCUCUGAUUUCCUCAGUUGCUUUGCUGAAGAAGUAGUUGGAGUAUAACAGACAUCCGCGUGCACCCGUUUGGAAUUUGAAGCUGUUAUCUAGUAUGGGUCUGCUCACUACGAGCUGUUGGUGGACCAGAACAAACAGUGUCUCUACAACUCUCUUACCCUGCAGGAAGUCUACUUUCAUGGGCGGGGAGUUCAUUUACAUCUAUGAUGCGCAAAAGGUUUUACCUACUAAAUUGUGCAGUGGUUUAAGAUUAAAGACAAGGGCUUUUGCAAGUCGGAAGUCAGUGAAGAAAUUGAGAAGUGAUGGACAACCACCUAAAAGUAUAGUAGAUAGUCCUCCCACAAAAGAUAACUAUGUUCAAGAUGACAACAUGGUUGACUCUUUUGAAAAUUCAGCUGCACCGAAUUCUGCCACAAUACCUUCCAGGAGUACAGUGCUUCAGGCAUGCACUGUCACUUCUGGACUGAUAGCGGCAUUGGGUAUAAUAAUUCGACAGGUAUCUCAUGUUGCUUCAGUGGAAGGAUUGCCGAUCCUUGACUGCUCCACAGAAGUAUCAUUUGGUUUUGAGAUGUGGCAUCUUGAGUUGAUUACAGGAUUAGUUGUUCUGAUAUCGUCAUGCCGAUAUCUUCUACUGAAGACGUGGCCUGAUUUUUCCGAGUCUAGUGAAGCAGCUAACCAGCAGGUCCUUGCUUCACUUCAGCUUUUAGAUUACAUAAUCGUUGCAUUUCUGCCUGGUAUUAGCGAGGAACUGCUUUUUCGUGGCGCACUGCUACCACUUUUUGGAUUCAAUUUGAAGAGUGUCUUGCUGGUUGCUGCUGUUUUUGGUGUUCUACACUUGGGCAGUGGCCGAAAGUACUCCUUUGCAGUCUGGGCAUCUUUUGUUGGGCUUGUGUAUGGUUAUGCCACAAUUGUGUCUUCUAGCAUCAUCGUUCCCAUGGCUUCUCAUGCAGUAAACAAUCUGGUUGGAGGGAUUUUGUGGCGAUACACAUCAAAUUCCUCUGAGAAGUUAUGAAAGAAAUAGCGUCUGCUUGAUUUUCAGGCUUUCAGCAAACUGUAUAUAUGAAAUUUGAUUUGUUCUACAAAACUGGUCGGUGGUGCUUCCCUGCCUAGUGUUGACAUAGCCAACUUAGCCUACUAUUGCCUUCGAUUGAAAAAAGAAAAAGAAAAGUAAAG